AUGAGCUGCUCGCAGGCAUUCAACCUCUUCCGCUCCUGCUCUCGCCCUCUUGUCGCUCGUCCUGCUGCGCGCGCACAUGCAAGUGUUGUCCGCCGGAGGGCGGCACUUGGCGUACGAUAUUAUUCGGAUGACAAGUCACAGCCAACCGAGGGUACAGAGCCCAAGGAGUCGGAGCAGCCGGCAGGGUCGACGCCCGAGUCGGAGGUGGAGACAAAGCUGAGGCAAAAAGAGGCGGAGGUCAUCGACCUCACAGGUCGGUUACGCUACCUGCAGGCUGAUUACCUCAACCUCCAGCGUAAUGCUGCGAGGGAAAAGGAGCAGACCAAGGACUUCGCCAUCACCCGUUUUGCGGGCGACCUGCUCGAGACCGUCGACGUGCUGUCUCUGGCUCUCAAGUCUGUCCCCCAAUCCGUCCUUGACAAGGCCCAGGAGGCCUCUUCCUCCAACGCAUCGUCAUCACCAGACGAGAAAUCGGCCGAUGUGUACCUCGGCGAGCUGCACCACGGCGUGGAGAUGACCCAGCGCCUGCUAUUGCAAACCCUCUUCAAGUAUGGUGUUAAGCCAUUCGACCCGACUGGCGACAAUUUCGACCCAAACCGGCACGAAGCGCUAUACCAGGCUCCCAUUCCCGAUAAGGAGCCGGGCACUGUCUUUGACUGCCAAAAGACCGGAUACAUGAUCAAGGAUCGUGUUCUGCGCGCCGCCCAAGUUGGUGUUGUGCAGGAUCGAUCAUGA